CAGAGCAGAGCUGAGCGGAGGGACCAUGGCGGAAGAGGACGAGACCAAAAUUCGGAUUUUACAGAGUGUACGAGGCAAAAUCUGUGAAGGGCGGAACCUCAAUGUAGGUUCCGGAUCCAAUCGACUAAGAGAUGCCGGUACGUUCUGCACCAUCAGCCUGGACCAGGAGGAAGUGUUCCGCACAAAAGUGUACGAUAGGAGUCUAAGCUUUUUUUAUGGAGAAGAUUUCUACUUUGAGAUACCUCGGCCAUUCCAGUGUCUGUCCUUCUACGUUUAUGCCAAGAGUGUGUUUCAGAGAGACCUGCCCAUCGGAAAGGUGGCUCUCAGGAAAGAGGAUUUAUGUAAGUACAGUGGAAAGGAGCACUGGUUUCCUCUGCAGCCCGUCGAUCACAAUUCCGAAGUACAGGGGAAGGUUCAUCUAGAGAUGAAGCUUAGUGAUUUGAUAACAGAUAAUGGACCCGCCUCUCCAUGCCUGCAGGUCAGAAUUAUUGAGUGCCAGGGGUUACCAUUGAUCGGUGGGCAGUCAUGUGAUUCUUACGCUUCUAUAACAUUAAUUGGCCCUUCAAGGACUGAUCUGAGGAGGACGAAGGUGAAGAAGAAAACCAGCGACCCUCAUUUCGACGAGAUAUUUUAUUUUGAGGUUUCCAGAUCGAGCAGCUACAAAGGGAAAAAUCACUUCCAGGUAGAGGAUGAGGACAUUGAGAAACUGGACAUCAAGGUGGAGCUGUGGAAUAAUGGGAAUUUAGCUCAGGAUGUGUUUCUGGGUGAAACUCGAGUGUCGGUGAAGAUCCUGAGAAACGACAGCGUACACAAAGCAUGGUAUCUCCUCCAGCCUAAAAGCAAUGGUGUGAAGUGCAGGCCAGAUGAUCUGGGUUCUCUGCGUCUGAACGUGUGCUACACUGAAGAUAUCGUCUUGCCGUCACAUUUCUACAUCAACCUGAGAAACCUCCUGCUGAAAUCCCCUGACGUACAGCCGAUCUCAGCGUCGGCGGCUCAUAUUCUGGGAGACGUGUGUAGAGAUCGCAGUGAAGCCUCGCUGCCGUUGGUACGAUUGUUGCUGCAUCACAACCGACUGCUGCCCUUCCUCACUGCCGUAGCUGCUCUAGAACUGGAGAACACACAAGAGGCGAACACCAUAUUUCGGGGAAAUUCUCUGGCUACCCGCUGUAUCGACGACAUGAUGAAGAUGGUGGGACGAAACUAUUUGACCAUCACGCUGAAGCCUGUGCUGGACGAGAUCUGUGAGUCUAAUAAACCAUGUGAAAUCGAUCCGAUCAAACUGAAGGAGGGCGACAACGUUGAGGUCAACAAGGAGAACCUGCAGCUCUACGUACAGAAGGUUUUCUCCUCCAUCACAGAGUCGAGUGCUAGUUGUCCUCCUCUAAUGUGUGACCUGUUUAGAUCGCUGCGCCAGCUCGCCUCUGACCGCUUCCCCAGCGACCCUCAUGUACAGUACUCGGCAGUGAGCAGUUUUGUGUUUCUGAGGUUUUUUGCCGUUGCUGUUCUUUCUCCACAUUCCUUCCAGCUCCGCCCACACCAUCCGGAUCCUGAAGUUUCACGAACUCUGACACUCAUCUCCAAAACCAUCCAGACGUUGGGUAGCUGGAGCAGUCUGUCUAAAAACAAACUGUCGAGUUUUAAAGAGUCCUACAUGUGUGAUUUCUUCAAAUUAUUCCAGGAAGAUCAGUGUAUAGAGAAGGUAAAGAAGUUUUUAGACGACAUCUCAUCCAAUGUGUGUAAAGGUUCGAGUGCAGCGGAGGAUUUAGUUGUACUGAAGGAGGGGGAGGUACAUAAGAGGGUGCAAGGUAAGAAGCGUUUGGGGAAGAAGGACUUCAAGAAGCGCUGGCUUAGAGUGACGAAUCGGGAGCUUUCCUACUAUAAACACAAAGGUAAAGAUCCUCUGUGUGUGAUACCAGUGAGGAACAUUAUUAUAGUAGAGAAGCUGGACGAAAGUGCCUUCAGUCGUAAAAAUAUGUUUCAGGUGAUCUGCAGUGACAAGCCGCUGUACGUUCAGGCGGGGAACUGUGUGGAGGCGAGUGAGUGGAUCGACGUUCUUACUCAGCUCAUUCGCUGCAACUCAGAUCGACUCGGAGUGUUUCAACCUCCCACCGUCAACUGCAGAGACAGUACGCUGGCAAAUAUCCAGUUGGAGAUCGACUGUGACAGAGAGACUGAGAGGAUCUACUCGUUGUUCAGCUCCAGUUUACCUCGUCUGCAGAAAAUGGAGGAUGCCUGUGCCAGUAUGUCAGUGUAUUUGGGGCAGCAGAAGGAACAGGAAGAGUACUCCGCCUUUACUAUUCAGGACCCCAAGGAGACAUUCUGCACCAUACGCGAGGUCAGAGAUGUUCUACAGGAUCUACAGCUCAAACACACCGCUACGGAGCUGACGGACCAACCCGGAACGAUUGAAAACCCGAUCGUUGGAAGGACCAGCUGAUAAUGUGCUGGUGGUGAAAAGCACAGUGGGUCUCCCCUCGGUACCAGCAGGUGGCGCUGUGCGGGAGCCGGAUUCAGGGUUGUACACGCCGAGUGUGAUGGAGGGUACAGGGUGAUGAAGGACGUGAUGGUGCCGAAAUGCUGAGAGUUCAGAGCAAUCAGGAAUGUGAUGGACGGCACGCCAUCGUUAAAAUCAUGAUAUAAAUACAGCUGCUAUAGAAACGAACUGAACCUCCUGUUUAUAAACGAUCACUUAAAACUCCUUUGAAGUUUUUUCAUGUCUGAUGUAUUUGUUACAUCAAAGGGAAUUUCCUCCUUUUAUUUUUCUAUGUGGAGUCUGACAUUGAACUGCCUUAUGGACGUACGUACACACACACGCACACACACACACAUACAUACAUACAUACAUACACACACCUACACACACAUGUACAUGUACACACAAACACACACACACGCACAAACCUACACGCACAUGUACAUGUACACACACACACACACAUGCACAAACCUGCACGCA